AGAAAUUACUUAUUUUAAAUAUUAAAAGCAAAUAAUAUUAUUUUUAAUAUUCAAAUUGAGUAAUCAAUCAUUACUUUUCAGCAUUCGAUUUCUAUAAAGACAUACGUUAUUUAAAAAUAAUUUUAUUAAGAUUUUAUUAAAGAAAAAGAAUUGUGUCAUAAUCUACGAAAAAUAGAAUCUGUCUGAAUAAUUCGAACCGAUAUACGUUUCGUAAAUUUUUCUGAGGUUAUGUAUGUCCAUUAUUUCAUACGCUUGCGCUAAAGCUACCUUUUCUUAAAUUAGAGAAAAAAUGGCCAAUCAAAACGCUUCAAAAUCGAGUUUCUGAUGGCCAGACUCUUAAGGCCAUUGCACAUGAAAAAAUGUUAAUCAUAAUCGUAAGAUCAUAAGCAAAUUGACCAAUCAGAAUCAAUUAUUCUCGUUACAAUUUAAAAAUAAUCGAUUGUAGUUGGUCGCUUACGACCUUACGAUUAUCACUAAAAUUUUUUCACGUGCAAUGGCUUUUACUAAAUACUCUAUUGUUGCCCAUCUUAUAUACAGAGACAUUUCAUUUUUCUUAGUAUACGUUCACUAGUUAUUUCUGGAAUGGUGCGGUCCAAGGAAAUAUUGUAACCUCAAUACAUAUCAACUAUACAUAAAGGCUAGCAGGUUCAAACCUAACCCUCGCUCCAUAUAUUGUUUCACAAAUUUUUGAGAGUUUCUUGUGAGAACUUAUACACAAAUUAAGACGAAGAACCUCAAGUGGAUUAAAGAGUUAAAAGUAAUUUAAUAAAAAGAAAAACGAGAUAAGAGAAAAUAGCGAACCUGUGCUGUAGCCCGAGAGAGGUUGAAAGCACUUAUCCGUUCUCGCCCGGCAACAUCAAUUGGCAAAGAAAAAAAAAAAAAUCGACUAGACGUACAUAUGUUGUUUAAUGUGCUGCAUUAGAAAGUACGAUAAAAACUUCUUCAACACUAUGUCGCGACGAUCCAGAUAUUUUGUGAAUAAGUAUUGUGAGCGUGAAGAAGAAAUUAUUAGCAACGUAUUGUCGAUGCAACGCGAGAUUGAUGAUAGCCGGCGUAUUGCUAAAGAUAAUCUACGCAAGAUCUUGCAACGUAUUGUUGACAAGGAACCACCUGAGCGUGCGGAAACUGAUGGCGGAAUAUACGUUGGUGCAUCAGGCAUUUCUUAUACAUUUUUACGACUUGCUGAGUGCACCGCCUUGGAGGUUGAAACCAGCCAAAAACAUUUAUCAUUGGCUGAAUAUUAUUUGCGUUCAUCAUUGGCGAUGGUGCAAUGUCGCGAAGGACGCUCCAACACUGGCUUUCUUUUAGAACUCGAGACAUCAUAUUACCAGGGUUGAGAAAGUUACCUUGUAAAAAUAACUAGUUACAGUUAUAGUUCUUUUCUUUCAAAAAAUAACUAGUUACAAAUUACAAGUUACUGAUUUAAAAAAAUAACAUCUUACAAUUAUAUUUACUCAAAAAGUAACGAGUCGUUAUUUUUUAGUUACUUCUCUGUUUACUUCCUGUAAUGUUUCGUGCAUUGCUAUUUUAAAUAAAAAUAAAAAUCUUAUAUUCUAAUAUAUUUCUUGUAAUAUAUUUCUAAGGACUGAUUGCAACGACAUUAAGCGAGAUUUUGAAAACUUUAAUUUAUUAUAGCAAUCGAAUUUGAUUGGUUCUUAUUUUACAUCUAACCAAUUACAUUGGUUACAAGACUAAGUUCGGAAACAUCCGAUCCGAGUGCUCCUACGCAUCAUUUUAUUUUUGUUUAAAAUUCGGUGAAAAACAAAAAUAAAAUGAUACGUAGGGUAAUCAAAUGGGUAAUCAAUUAGGUAGGGUAAUCAAUUUGAUUAUGUUUUCGAACAUAACCAAAAAGUGUGAGAAGCAGGCUGUCAGUGGUAUUGACUGUGUUCAACUUAAAUAGCUUUACAACUGUGUAAGAGCAACUGUGAUUCUUAAAUGUGAUUAGUUUAUGCAUUUAGAUUCAUAAGAAACUAAGGAAGAAACUAACAAAAAUCCAUCAUUUCAAGGAUUUUUACAACAGUUGCAAAAUUGCUUUCUCUACUGAACGUAGCCAUUGUCACUUUAUCAUUAAAUAUAAAACAAGGAUAGAAUGACACAAUAGCACUAAAUGACAAAUAAAUUUGAAAUAUAUA